AUGAUGAUCGCAGCUCUGGUUCUUUGCGAAUCCAUCGUGCCGCUGAUUGUCGACCCUACUGCUGGCAUCGACCUAGAAAAGAAGGAGUGGCUCUUGAUCCGGUACGGCAGCUUCACUCGUGCCAUGUACACCAUGUUCGAAAUCACGUUCAGCGGCGGUUGGCCCCUCCUCGUCCGACCCCUGGUGGACGAUGUCAGCGUCUUCUUCGCAGUUCCGUGCUUGAUUUAUGUCGUCGCCGUCGUCUUCGCUGCCUUGCGCCUCAUCACCGCGCUCAUGGUCCGUUCGACAAU